AUGAACUCUUCAUUUCUCCUGCAUUUCCUGGACCUCCACCCGAAUGCCACCGAGGGCAACUUUUCAGGAGUAGAGGCUGGGAACACGUCCUCACUCUGUGAGGACAUGGGCAUCGCUCUGGAGGUGUUCCUGACUCUGGGCCUUGUCAGCCUCUUGGAGAACGUUCUGGUGGUUGGUGCCAUUGUGAAGAACAAGAACUUGCACUCCCCCAUGUAUUUCUUUGUGUGCAGCUUGGCUGUGGCCGACAUGCUGGUGAGUGUGUCUAAUGCCUGGGAGACGAUCACUAUCUACCUGAUCAACAAUGAACACCUAGCAAUCCCAGAUGCCUCUGUGCGCCACAUUGACAAUGUGUUUGACUCCAUGAUCUGCAUCUCUGUCGUGGCCUCCAUGUGCAGCUUGCUGGCCAUUGCGGUGGACAGGUACAUCACUAUCUUCUAUGCCUUGCGUUACCACCACAUCAUGACUGCGAAGCGUGCUGGGACAAUCAUUGUGGCUAUCUGGAGCUUCUGCACAGGCUGCGGCAUUGUUUUCAUCCUGUAUUAUGAGUCCACCUACGUUGUCGUCUGCCUCAUUUCCAUGUUCUUCACCAUGCUGCUUCUCCUGGUAUCCCUGUACAUACACAUGUUCCUUCUGGCGCGGGCCCAUGCCAGGCGCAUUGCAGCUGCACCCAGAUCCAGCUCUGUGUGGCAGAGGGCCAGCAUGCGUGGUGCUGUCACCCUCACCAUGCUGCUGGGAGUAUUCAUCGUGUGUUGGGCACCCUUUUUCCUCCAUCUCAUUCUGAUGCUCUCAUGUCCCAAGAAUAUCUACUGCUCCUGCUUCAUGUCUCACUUCAACAUGUACCUCAUCCUCAUCAUGUGCAACUCCGUGAUCGACCCUCUGAUUUAUGCCUUCCGCAGCCAGGAGAUGAGAAAGACCUUCAAGGAGAUUGUUUGCUGCCAUGGCUUCAGGAUAGGCUGUCAGCUCCCUAGCAGGUAUUAG